AUGGCAUCAAGCCUGGCCGUGGAGCCAACGUCCCCCCCAGAGACUGUGAUGAGCCCCACCACAGCCGAGGGCAUGGCCACUGGCAAAACCACCCUCUCCACUGGAGUCACCAUGGAAGAAGUCCCAUGCGCCUUGAGCGCGGGGAGCAUCGUGGCCAUAACCGUGACAGUCAUCAUGGUGGUGGUGCUGGUUUUCGGGGUGGCGGCGUACCUCAAGAUCAGGCACUCCUCUUACGGCAGGCUUUUGGAUGACCACGACUACGGCUCCUGGGGCAACUACAACAACCCUCUCUACGACGACUCCUAG